AUGGAAAAAGAGCAAUAUUGUUCGGUGAUUCGAUUCCUAUUUUUGGACGGGAAAGAGCGUAUCGAAAUCAAAGGCCGCUUGGAUGCUGUGUACGGUGACUCUUCUCCAUCGAUAGCCACCCUCAAGAAUUGCUUCAACGAGUUUGCACGUGGCCGUACGUCGGUUUUUGAUGAACCACGUCCAGGUGCACCAAAAACAGCUGCUACGGAUGAAAACAUUAAAAAAAUCCAUGAUCUCGUAUUGACAGAUCGCCGAUUGAAGGUUCGGGAGCUAGCUGAGACUGUAGGCAUUUCAGAAGGAACAGUCAAUCAUAUUCUUCACGAGGAACUCGGCAUGAGAAAGCUGUCGGCGCGAUGGGUUCCGCAUUUACUCACACCGGAAAACAAGCGCAACAGUGAGCCCACGUCGGAGACGUGUUUGGCGUUGUUUAAGCGGAAUCCAGGGGAGUUUUUGCGUCGUUUUGUGACAGUCGAUGAAACCUGGAUUCACUGGUACACACCAGAGACCAAGGAGCAAUCAAAACAAUGGAUCCAGACCGGGGAACGUACUCCAAAGAAGGCGAAAACUGUAAAAUCGGCCACAAAAGUUAUGGCCACCAUUUUCUGGGAUUCACAAGGAGUUGUCUACAUCGAUUACCUCGAGAAGGGUAAACCAAUUACAGGGCUUUACUAUGCCAAUUUAUUGGACCGAUUCGACGCCGAAUUAAAGAAAAAAUGA